AUGGCGACGUCCAUGUCGCACUCCCGCUCUUCGACGACGAUCGAAAAACAUACAAAUGCAGGAUGCUGUGGUGAAAUAAAUGGACAUAAACUACCCAGCCAUGUUGAACAGAAUGGAUCGGAAUUUGCUGCAAAACAGUUCUACUCAAAUAAGCAAAUCACCCUGAAAAAUGUCAAUACCGUCCUCACCGAGCUAGCUAGAACAUUGACAGAAAAUGGAGUGAAAAUUUUGGAGUUUGAUGAACAAAAUAAGCAAGUGAAAGUUCAAUUCAAAGACUGUGACAAUGUGUUGGAUGUGAUGGAGUACUUAUCAAGAUCAUUUGAUGUAUCAGUAGAAAGUUCAAAUAAACUUCUAUGCCUUGCACAUCUUCCAUCUACUUACACUGAUCAACAGUUGAGAGAGCUGGUUUCAUCACAUGGGAAUUUGUGUAGAUGUUUCAUCUACAGAUGUAGACAUUCAGGAGGAAGUCUUGGAUAUGGAUUUGUGGAGUUUGAUUGUUCAAUAGAAAAAUCUAAACAGAUAGAGCUAGAGUUAGAUUGGAAAGAAGUUGAUAGUCAUUCAAUACACUGUGAAACUGUUGACAUCAAUUCAUAUGACAAAUUGUGUUCUAAAUGUUUGUUGAUAGACAAUCUACCUAAGGACUUUACAGAUGUAAUGGCUCUACGGGACAUAUUUAGUUGUUGUCAUAAACCUCUUUACUGUCAGAUUGUAAUGAAAGACAAUGAAUCUCUAGGAUAUGGUAUUAUAGAAUACAAAACAUACCAAGAAGCUCAAAGGUCAAAGAAUAAGUUGGAUAAUCACGAGGUUCAAGGCCAACCCAUCAGAUUAACAUACUGCAUUCCUGGGAAGCCAGGCAUCUUUUUAUGUUCAAAGAUUGUCUCAAAAUUUGGUAGUUGUGAUAGAACCGAACCACCGAAGAAAGGCUUGUUACCAGAUCCUAUUUUUAUGAAAGAUGAUUUGUUGAAGACACCUUUAGUCAGACAACUCUGCAACCAGCAGCCUAAUUUAAUUAGUUGUUUUAAACAAGCAUUAACACAGAUACAACAGACGUACAUGAAUCAAGUAACCAGUUCUGCAAAACCAGGGUUGCUGGGACCUGCACCUUCUGUUCAACUGAAUCCAUUGAUCAACCCUAGCAUGCAGCUAGGACUUAUAGUCUUACUGGCAUUACAGUUACAGUCAAAGUCUCAAAAUAAGAUAUUGAGUCCACUGGAUUUGUUUGGUUUGGUUUUGAAUCAACAUACUAAACAGGAUGGACAGUCAUCUAUUCUUGGAGACCCUUUAGCAAUCCAGGCCAGUGUUGUUCUUAAAAAUUUAACUAGUCAGAUAUCAACAGUACAACCUUUGACCUCUAAUCCGCCUGUCAAUCAGAAUCUUCAACAAAACAACGAACAUAAUUCCUCACUACUUCAGUCUUUGGCAUUAAACUUAAAAAACGUUAACAUGAAUAUGUUGAUAAACUUAGGACAGUUAGCUUCAUCUAUACAGACUUCAUCUGGUUUGUUAGGGAGUGGACCACCCCAACCGUUAAUGAAUGACCAGUCCAUUGUUAAAAAUGCAAAAGUAACAGAACAGAAAGCCAAGCCAAAAAGUUUAUUGGAAAUAGAUAUGUCUAAUUACCAACAUAGUAUGUAUCCAGUUCAAGAUCGGAUGAAAAGUUCUGUGAAAGAAAACAUUCCAUAUAAUAGAGGACCAGCUUUACAACAAGAAGGUGUCUACAGUGCAAAUCCGGCUAUAAAUAGUAACAUGCAGUUUAAUAGACAAAAUUCUGAUAUGCAUUUAGAUCAGUAUGGAAACUUCACAGCACAAAAUGGAAGUAGACAUUAUCCUGCAGCUUAUGACCAGAUUAACAAAUCUGCUUCCUUGUCAAAUGUGAACCAAGGUUCAUCACAUUCAUCACAGUAUGUAGACAAUGCCAUUAAGAUCAAACCUUUAAUGACAGAUAUGUCUAGAUCUCAUCUCUAUCAUGAAAAUGUGUCUCAGAACAGAAUUGCCCAAGUAUAUAAUGGAAACUCAAAACAAGGUCAUGAUGAACCUGAUGGUUUGAUGCCUCCUCCUGCCUUCACAAAUAUGAUACCCCAGCCUCCACAAACAGAAACUACAUCUACAUACCAAAAUAGGGCAUCCAGGACGUAUGGUGAUAUGAUUGAUCAAUACAUGACCAACCAACCAAAUGCACAUCAGUCUCUACUGACCGGAACAUCGUACCAUGAUGACUUGUUAAUGUCUGGUACCAAAAGAAGCAGGUCUCAAGCUAGUUCUAUCAGUGAUUUCUCAGACACGUACACUGAUCCAUCAUCAUUGUAUGAACAGUCCUACAGAUCAAAUGACUCCAUGUAUUCUGAUGGGGGCUACUCUACAAGUGGAUAUUGUACGCCUAUCGGUGUGAAAGAUGAUGGUUUAUUGAAAACUCCAGUAGGACAGAAGAGGAGUUACAGCCAUCUCCUUCCUCCUCCAGAGGCGAGUCCUGAGGGAGAUUUCAUUGGCCAGCAUUCACAAGGUAUCGGAGGACAUUAUGCUGAGUCAUACAGAAAACGUCCACGACUAGAUAGAGAGGAUCUUAAACUUAGAUACUGAUUUUUUUUGUACUCAAAAAUGGAUUAAGAACAUUUUAAAAUUUACAAAUGAAUGAAGAAUAGAUUAUUUUUAAAGGAUAAUAGAUCAGUUCUUUUAUAAAAGAAGAAAUGAAUUUUACAUUAUUGAAGAAAAUAGUAAAUGUAAAGAAUUCUCAUUACCUUUUUUUGUGCCAUAUAUUUUGGAAAUUACAAUUUACGGUAACAUGAAAAAUUCAUGCUAUGUCAAAUUUCAGGGUAAAAUUAUUUUGUAAUUGCAAAAAAAUGUGAAUCAUUUUAUUAUGAUUAAAUUCAUAAACUAGUUUUACAUAUAGGGGUAAUAUUUAUUUUUUUCUACAUUUUCGUGGGUAUGGGGACAAUUAAAUCUUGCCAUAUAAUAUGGAGAAUUCUACAUUUUUUUAUCACAUACAUUAAACUUAGGAUGUUCCCCAUCAUUUGUUGUUAGCUUUCUACAAUAUUUCCCUCUUGUCUCAUUUUUGUAAUGAAAGUAAUAGUUUAUGUUAUAGAAUUUAAGAGAUGCUUCCUUUUUUUGCAUCUGAUUAAGGAUUAUGUAAAAGUUUUCAAUAUAAAUAUCAAAAUGAUUAACUAAAAUGUUGAUUUAACGUUGGACAAAGAAAACUUAUUGAUAGAAAAGAGGAGGGAGCAUUUUGGUUAUUGAUAAUAUUAAAGAAAAAUAGGAGUUUCACAUUUUCUAAAAAGUAUAUUCUUGGUUCAUAUAAGUUUACUUUUCAUUAAAAUGAAUGUUUAUAUUUUCAUUUGUAUAUAACCAUGUUAUGUAUUGACACAAUAUCUACCCUGAGACUCUGAAAGGUUUAGUUUUGAAUAUGGUUUUUAAGUAUUCAGAAUAAUUAUUGCCAUAUUAGACUGUAAAGGAUCUAAAUUCAAUUAUGUGUAAUUUUUACAGGAUGAUAUAUGGAUACUGCUAAUAUUUGAGAAAAAAACACAGUGAUGCUAUUUUAUUUCUUUCAAUGGUGGGUUAUUUUAAGAUAUUCAUGUUUUAGUGACAGUUUUGUUGUUUUUUUUAAUUUAAAAUUGUAUAUAAUGGAAGUGUAUCCCUUUGUAUUAUUUUCUUUUCUGUUCUUCUCUCACUUUCUUUCUAAUUGAUAUUUUGUGAGACAAAUUCAGUUGUACAUAUUUUUAGAUGUCUCUUAUUUUUUUUUAAAUAGUUUGCAAUCCAUUUAUUGUUUAUUUACUUAGUAUUGUUAUCAUUGCAUAUAAGAAAUUUAAUAACACUUUCUGAAGAAGAAAAUUGCAGAAAUCAUUAAAUAGUCACUUUGCCUGUUCAUUCAGCCAUCAAAAAUAAAGCAAAAAGAUUUAAAAAUGAAAAUUUUAGUAAACUUGCUAGGUACCCCUUUUUGCUGUUACUAUAAAACAUGUAAGUAUAUUAUUACUGGGAUUCAAAUAUUUUUGUUGGUACCAAUUUUCGUAGAUUGAGGAGAAGUUUAAUAUUCCUGGUAACUUAAAUACCUGACAAGUUUACAGAAAACUUAUAUAUUGUUGAACCUUUACCCAAGAAAUCCAUGAUAUCCCCACAAACAGUAAUGAGUCUACAAAAAUCAAAAUUGCUUUAAUUAACAUAAGUAAAAAACCCUUAGGCUUGGGGAAUUUCUAAUAUAUUCUACAAUAAAACAAUAAAAUACUGUUAAAUUUAAAAGUUUAGUAGGGUAAGUUAAAAGUGGCUUCUUACCACAGAGUGCUUCUCUACAUAGAGAUUUUUUAUAGACCAAAAAAUUAAAAUAUUUAUGAAUAAAAAAUCAUGUUCUCCAUAUCAGAAAUGUUAUUGGUUAUAUUUUCAUAUUUUUGAAUAUUUAAACAUGGAGAACAUGUUCAGGGAGUAUGCACACUGAAUUAAAGAAUACUCUUGAAACAUAUUCUUGCUUUAAUAAUUGAAAUGAUUGUGUCAGGAAGGGGAGGUAACUCAUAAAAUUAUUGCAAUGCAUUAAACAGCAUUAAAAAGGAUAACCCAAUGCUGUAAAGAAAAUUUGUAUGAUAACUAAAUUUUGUUUUCUGUAUAUAUUAUGAAAAUCAUAAAUCAUUUUAUGUGGUUGUAUGUUGUGAUUUUUACAUUUGGAAUUACAAAAAGAGGGAAAACUGUAUUUUUCAGAUGAUAAUUCAGUUAUUUUGAUACAAAUAUGGUUUUUCAAAAAUCACUGUUGUAAACAGUUCUGGUCAGAAGAGAUUUAUUUUAGUCAUCACUCAGUAUAUUCAGUAAAUUAUAUACAAGAAUCACGAAUUGAUGUAUUAUGUCUGACAAUCACUUAACUGGUGAUCAUCAUGUGUCAUUCUCCUAUCCUGUAUAUGUUUGAUGAAACGUUCACUAGUAUUGAAUAUUUUUAGACAUUGCCCAUUGUCAAGGUUUAUUUGUAAUUUGGUAUUAAUAUCAAAGGUCUUAUGGUAAAGUUAUCUUUAUAUAGCUUGUUAAGUUACCAAUAUUGUUAUGUUGAGCAUUUCUAAUGACUUAUUUGUCACAAUCAGUGCUGUAAAAAUAUGUUUUAUCUGUAAAUUUGUUCUUAUUUAUCUAAUACUGUCUUAUUAUGAGUUUGAGGGAGAAUUAUUUAGUGCUCCCUGCCUUUAGUGCUUGCCAAAUAUUUUAGAAUUCAUACAUUUUCACAAAACUUCUGUUGUUUUUUCCAUUAACUGGCAAUUUGAUGAGGUUUCACUUUCAUCUAAAUUCCUUUAUUAAGAUUUAUAAUCCCCUUACAAACAUUUGUUCAAAGAAAUCAUAAUGAAUGAAAUGGUGCAUGUGAAUUUAAAUUGUACUCAAAGUUUUGGCUUCUUAAAUUAUUACACUAAUAAUGCAUACAUUGUUAAAAUUUUAUUUUUUGUUUUGUAUUAGUCAUCCCUUCAUAAACAAAACAUCUCUAAUUUAAUCUAAUUCAGAUUUUAUUUUCUGAUUUUUUUUUUGUCAUGAAGACCUAAAUAAUAAAUUUAGACAUUGCUUUUUAUUUUCUUCUCACUGUUGGACUCGCCAUGGAAAGAUAGUUGACUCCCUGGUUUGAGUGAAACUUGCCAGAGACAAAAGUCUUUACAGAGAACCAUAGAUUUUUCUAUGAUUUUUAAGUGUUCAAUGUACUUUUUUGUAGAUUUUUUUGUCGGGAAAACUUUAUUUGUGAGGCCUCUAUUUUUUUAUGAAAAUAACUUCUAAAGAAAAUGCAAAUUUUUAAAGGUAUUUUUUUAAGCAUAGAUUAAAAUCACAGACACAGCACUUUCAUAUUUGUCCAGUGAGCCACCAUAUGUACUUUUUCACACAUUUUUCAAAGUAAAAAGAUUCAUUUAAGAAUAUGUGUUAUACAUAAAUCUAACUUUGUUACAACAGAAUUGUUACUCUCUGUUACCUGAUUUUUCAAUCAGUUUUAAUGUUAAGAUAGUUUUAUAUAAUGAUUUUAAUUAGAUUUGUGUUUUACAUAUUUUAAUUAGAAUUGUUGUUAUUUCUAUUAGACAAAAGUCAAAACUGAUUAUAAACAUUUAAUAUAAAAGAUACUAUGUUUUAAAUGGGCUUUAUUUAGAUAGCUUACUGUUGUUCACUUUCAGCAAAAUAAUUUAUUAUGCUGUAUAGCAUAUUAGUUUUUGCAGCCAAGUAAACACAACAUACCGAAUAAUACAUAUUGAAGUGUCAAUUUUUGUCCAAACUAAUUACUGUAAAUUCACAAAUUUUUAUUGCAUUUCUUAAUGUGAUUGUUGAACAAUGGACAAACAUGCCAGAUUAGUUAUUACAAUUUUUGCUGCAUACAAAUAAGGUUAUCAAAAUUUGAAACACAAGUUUUCAAUUUUUGCCAAACCUAUCAUGUCCGAAUUUUAACAAUAAUAAAAACAUUGCAAAAAUUUCAGAAUUUACAGUACUUGAAAAAUUGUACAUGAUAUAGGAUAAAAACAGAAUCGUUUAUGUAUAAGCCUGUUCCUUUCAUGAUUAUGGAAGACACAGUGCAUCUCCAAAGACAGGUUAAAGUUUAUUGUUUAUUGUCUUAACAUUAAGAAAUUUACCAUUUUACAAUACUUUCUUAAAUUGUCCAUUAAUAAAUUUUGAAAUAAUAAGAAACUAAGGUUUCAACUCCCUCAAGCAAAGUUGACAUUAGAUGGAUUUUGCUAUUUUUUUAGGUCCUUUUUGGUCAUAUAGCUCUUCAAUUGUUUCGGUUCUUAUACAUCCUUGGCUUUCAAAUAUUGGGCUUUGAGUGUUUCUGAUAAAAGUCGAUCCAGAAAAGUGCUUGGAACGAUGAUUUUUUAACAUGUUGUUUUCAUUUUUUUUUAUAUAAGCAUGGUUUAUCAAAUUGUGUGAUAUAUUAUACUAAUAAUAAAAGAUAGUCUAUCAUUAGAACCCUAUUUUUGGUACUCAUUACAGUCGAACCUCGUUGUGUCGAACUCGGCUGUGUCGAAAACUCGGAUGAGUCGAAGUAAUUUCUUGGUCCCAGUAACAUUCUCGUUUGAUCAAUGCAUAAUAACCUCUGAUGAGUCGAACUCGGUUGAUUCGAAUACUCGGAUAUGUCGAGUAAAUUUUAUAGUCCCGUCGAUAUAAGAUUAAUGUAAAUUGACCCCGAUGUCUCAAAGUUCGAAAGUAAGAAUUUUCCAAAGAUACAGACCUAUUAAAUGAUAAAAACUCAAAUCGGAUGUAUUUCUUAUGUAACCUAAUCAUUUUCAAAAGAGAUUAAAGCUAAGUAAACAUGCUUGUUUGUAUAACAGUUAAAUUGACAUGUUUAUGGUUGCCGGUAAUUAACACCUUUGUUGAUUGUUCAAGCGGAACUUAAGUGUGUUGAACAUAUUUUACAUGAGAUAAAAACAAAACGAAUUUAAAUGACACUAGCCGAGAUUAAAUCAAUCGUUAGAAUUAAGACUCAUUAAUUACAAUAAAUAAAGGUUUAAGACAAUUAUGAUUAAUUCAUGAUAAUUUAAUGUACAGCAGACACCCUCAUCAGAGACCGUUCAGAACUAAUUUCGUUCCGCGAAUGAUUUCAUAAUUUAUAGUGACUGACCUUUAUUUAUAAAUAUUUGUGUAGACUAUUGAUUUUAUUUGGGCAUGAUUUGUAUCUGUUCUUGUGUGUUUGAUUAUUAUGAAGGACCAACAAUGGCGAUUGCAUACACAAUUAUAAAGUGUGUCAUAUCGAAAAAAGGCACAGUGUUCAAAGUAUCUAGUUUACGCAAAUCUCAUACCGUAUUUCUACGACACACUCGACCUCGGAUGAGUCGAACCUCGGAUGAGUCGAAUACUUUGGUUCGGUCCCUUCGACUUCGACAUAACGAGGUUCGACUGUAUUUAACAAUGUCUAAAGAGGAAAAUUCUUUGUUUGUUAUUUUCUUAAAUAGCUAAAAAAGUUAUUUCAGGAAUAAUCAUUAUGAGUUACAAGGUUAACUCAUUUAAUGUAAACAAACUAAUUAUUUUGAGCGAUUCAUUUUCACCACUUUCGGGAGUAGAAAAUAACAUGAGUAUAUAUGUCAAACUUUGAUCUUCUCAUAUGAAUACAUUAACAAAGUUAGAAAUUGUGAAAUCAGCUAGAAAAGGUCUAAACAAAUUUGUUUUUAUAUCAAAUUUAGAGUUACUGAUUACUCAAUGGUAAGAGUUUAUUAUUAAACAACAUUAAAAAAAAUAGUUAGUUCUAAUACAUAAAAGAUUUUUUAUCUUAUAAAAUUUGAUGAUCUUUGCCAAAUAGUUUAGUUUAGACAACAGUCUAUUUCUAUUGAGAUUUCAAAUCAGAUAAGUUUUGAAACAAUAAGAAGAAAUUAAUGAGCUUUAGUAUAUUUGGAUUUUCAAAAUGUUAUUUUUAGAGAACAUAAAAAAAAAUAAAGGAAUUGCCCAAAAUAGUGAAAGGUCUACUGAUCUGCCUAAAACUUCACAAUUUUUGUUGUCAUAUUCUUGGAGAAACUAAAUCAUGACAAUUUAAAAAAAGAAAUUGAAAUUGACAUAAUUUCAUUUUACUAGGGAAAUUGAAGAUACUUCAGGAAUAUAUAUUUACUUCACAUAACUUUGAGAAUACUAUGGUAAAAAUAUAUGUGUAUGUUAUUUUAUAUUUCACAUACUACAAUGUUAUUUUUUAUUGUUUCAAAGGUCUAAUGUAACCAUGUAAUAAAGGUUGUGAAAUAUAAAUACUCCUUGUUAACAGGUCAUAAAAUUGUGUCAAUAGUUUUCUAUAAAUCCAACUUUGUCAUUGUUUUAUCUAUAUGCAGAUAAUAUAAUUUCCACAUCACA